AGGAAGGCAACAUCGACAACUGCAAAGAAGAAGAUCUUCAAGAAGAAUCGUACCACUGCCGCGCAAGGUUCGUGCGCGCGGACGGCCAUUGAGAACCCUAAGCGGCAGGACUCUACGGUGGUCGAGGCAGCGGCGCCCAUCAAGGAACAGGACAAGGAGAAAAGCGACUCGCAGUACCUCCGUCCCCGUGUGAAUAGCAGAUGCGGCGUGUGCGGAGCGGGGAGAUCCCAUGACAGCGCGCCCUUCUGCCCCUACAACUACAUCAACGGACAAUAUGGCCUCGGCACUUGCAGGGAGGUGUGCCGCCCGGGGAGGCACCGGUCUCUUCAUGAGCUGGGAUCCUACUCCGGCUCCGGGGGCAAUAUUCACCCGCUGGGACGCGUCGUGCGUGUGAACAACGUGCCCCUGACCCCGAACGAGAUUCCCCCCGACCAGCGCGAGCUCCGCGGGCUCUUCGGGCGGUUUGGGCCGCUCGUUGACUGCCACCUCACGAGGACGAGCGUCCAAGACCUCGUCGGCUUCGGGUUCGUCGCGUUCGAGAGCUGCGAGCACGCCAGGGAGGCUGUCGACAAGCUCAACGGCCACCACUUCGGCGACCGCAGGCUGCGAGUCGACUGGGCCUAUCCACGCGCGGCGCGACUCUAAAUAUCGGCGAGUUGAACUGUAAUAAUGUGCAUCCUCGUCUUGAACCUUUUUUUUUUCCAUGAUCAUCCUCGUGUUAGUAAUUAUCGACCCCAUCCCUGUAUCGUGCCUUCUAUUGCUCGUUCACAAAAAUCUUGCGCACGCAGCAAUUGGAAUUUUGGUUUAUGUUUGGUCAUAAUUUAUCAGAUCUACAGGAACUAGUCUCUUCCUUCCGUGAGGUGUCAAUGUGGCAUUUUCCCAGUUUAGCGCCGAGCCUAGGCGAUCGACUUCACUGCCCGUCCAGCCGAAAGCUCAAGAAAUCCUACCACUUCCGUUUCACAGUA